ACAAGCAUGAUUACUUUAGCAAUUUUUAAACCUCAUUGCCUCAAAAAUCCUAUCGCUUAUGAAACAAUACAGCAAAUGCUCACCGCCAACGGAUUGAAGGUAAUUGCAAGAAAACGUAUAAGUCUUUCACGUUCUGAAGCGGAGAAAUUCUAUGAAGAGCAUAGGAACAAAUUCUUCUUUCGCCGGCUUGUAUCUCUUAUGACCAGUGGACCUUCGGAAGUCGUGUUGCUGUCGGGAAAUGGUGCAAUUCAGCAGUGGCGCAAUUUGAUGGGUCCUACCAAAGUUCUCAAGUCGGUUUACACACAUCCGGAAUGUAUCCGCAGUUGUUUCGGUUUAUCGGAUACACGAAACGCUACACAUGGCUCGGAUUCCGAACAAUCGGUAGUUGCAGAGAGAAAAUUCUUCUUCGGCGACAGCAAUGUAUAGCAUCCUGAAAGUGUUAUUUCUAGUAAGGGUGUCACCCUAUAGUCAUGUACAUACAAACUAUCCAAUAAACUAACGCAUUUACAUAAUAAAGCAGCAGCUAAACAGAAGGCACUAGCCAAAUAUUGUAGAUUAUG